CCAACAACUCGGGGUCCUUAACCCACAGCAAACAAAACAAUCCAUUUCCUCCAGUCAAGUUGGUUCAGGAGAUGGAUGGUUAUCCCGGAGUCACUGACGGCGAUUCCACUAAACAUCAAGAAAGACAUUACUACCUGUUAUCUGAACUGCAGACCUUAGUAAAAGAUCUACCAUGCUCCUUCCAGCAGCGCCUGUCCUACAGCACCCUGGGUGACCUGGCCCUCGCGCUCAUCGACGGGACGGUUUAUGAGAUUGUGCAAGGACUCCUGGAUAUUCAGCAUCUCACAGAGAAAAACCUGUACAACCAGAGGCAGAAGCUGCACGGGGAACACCAAGCACUCAAACAAGAUCUUGUCCGGAAACACAAAGAUGCUGUACAGUCAUGCAAGUCUCACAACCUCGUGCUUCUCAAAUCCAACCAACAAGCAGAGCUAGAGUCUCUGGAAAUACGUGUGCGAGAGGAACAAAGAAUGAUGGAUAAAAAGAUUGUAGCGGAAAUGGAUCAAAAAGUGAUAGACCAGCAAAACACCUUGGAGAAAGCAGGAGUCCCCGGAUUUUUUAUCACCACUAAUCCUCAGGAGCUGACAAUGCAGAUGAACCUCCUUGAACUGAUCCUCAAGCUUCAACAGAAGGAGUCACAGUCUGGACUCCUUUGAGAAGGAGGCCUAAUUGUGCCAAAAGAGGAGGGGGAAAUCCUGCAAUAGCAACUACUGCAUAUGUUUCUAUUCCAGUAAUUGUGAGAUUCAACAAGUGUCAGUCAUGUGGCAUUGAUCGCUUUAACAACAUGUUUAUCACUUGUAAUAAGUGUAAUAUUCACCAUCUAAAACUAUCGGAGAAGGCUGGUUCUUGAGUGUACAAGUAAGACGUUUGCGGUCUUUGUGGAACUCGGAAGUUCAGGUCUUGCAAAACCUUUACAGAUACAUUGUUUACAUAUUUAAAGAGAGCAUUUAGGGAGCGGGCUCUGUUAGAAAUUAAAUUGAAGAAGAUCAAUAUGUUGCUUACAGACAGACGUGAAUGCCUCCUGAUGCCUUUGUCUGAAGUGUCAGGUCCAGUGUCAUGGCACUUCAUUGCUUAUUUAUAUGAACAGUAUUGUAAUACAUCUCCUCAUACUUGUGCUACGUUUGCUUUAUUGUAUAUUUUGUAUCUGUUAAGUUUGCUUUAGUUGUGUGCACUAGGAGUGUAAAUUAGAUCUUGAGCUAACACCUUCACAUUUACAUUGAUAUUUUUGAAAAAAUUAUGUUUGUUUAAGUUAACUGCCUACAUGGGCAACAGUGAACAAUUUAGUUAAAUAUAUGAUAUGCAUAUGAACAGAACCAGUUUGGAUGGCAGUAUUGAAUAUUUGUAUGUGUUGAUAUUCCAUUGCAUGAAUAUUUGUUUUCAUAAAACAAAUUAUUUAAGUCUCUCAAAA